AUGUCGGAUAUAGCCCACGCCUAUCUCCCUGACAUUUUCCUGUCUUUCCAGUAUCUGCCAAGAUUUCCCGAAUUCUCUUCCAAAAGAAUUUCUUACUUUCUUUCUUUCUUCCUUUUUUCUUUCUUUUUUUUUCUUUCUUUCUUUUCUUAUCUUUCUUUCUUUCUUUUCUUUCUUUCUUUCUUUCUUUUCUUAUCUUUCUUUCUUUCUUUCUUUUCUUAUCUUUCUUUCUUUCUUUCUUUUCUUUCUUUCUUUCUUUCUUUUCUUAUCUUUCUUUCUUUUUCUUUUUCUUUCUUUUCUUUCUUUCUUUUCUUUCUUUCUUUUCUAAUCUUUCUUUCUUUCUUUCUUUCUUUCUUUCUUUCUUUCUAUUCUUUCUUCGUCUGUACAUCUAUCCACUUACUUUAUCUAUCUAUCUAUCUAUCUAUCUAUCUAUCUAUCCAUCUAUCUAUCUAUCUAUUUGUCUAUGAUAUCUAUCUAUCUAUCUAUCUAUCUAUCUAUCUAUUUAUAUAUAUAUAUAUAUAUAUAUAUAUAUAUAUAUAUAUAUAUAUAGUCUUUCGAUAUCUAUCUAUCUAUCCAUUUCGCCAUAUAUAUAUAUAUAUAUAUAUGUGUGUGUGUGUGCGUGCGUGCGUGUGUAUAUGUAUGUAUAUAUGUAUGUUUAUGCGUCUGUCACCGUCUUUGGAUAUCUAUCUAUGUAUCUAUCUAUCUAUGGCAAUUAACUCUUCCACAUUUCUAUUUCUUAAUCUGUCCAUAUCUAUCUAUCUAUCUAUCUAUCUAUCUAUCUAUCUAUCUAUCUAUCUAUCUAUCACAUAA